AUGGACGCCCCCAUCGCCUCGCCGGCGCACGCGCAACAGACAUCGACGGGCUCGACGGCCCAGACGUCGCCGACCGUCAUGGGCGUCCCUCCGCCCUGCCCAAAGUCGCAGUCGACCGACGCCUACCUCAAGGACUUCACCCUCCUGGCCGAGGCGGCCAAGCGCGCGCAGAUGGCCGUGCUGAUGCGGGAUUUCGAAAGCGUCGGCCUGUGA